ACGAAACGCGAACUAGUGAAAUCUCGCGCGAAUUUGUCAGAGUAGUUACCAUAGUAACGUCAAACUUUCUUUAAAUUAAAACGAUACAAUGGACGCUGCUCGCAAAACUAAAGGAAAGGGAGCCGUCAGCGCGCUGCCUGACAGCGAAGAAGACUUUAAAUACGAUGAAGUGUCAUUAGAAGACGAAUGGAGUUUAACAGAAGGGGAAGAAGACUUGGAAGCGACGCUGAAAGCCAUCCAGAACCGGACAGAAGCCAACUCUCGAGCUGUUCGAAGGCCAAACACAGCCGCCCGCACACACCACCCGCCCACCGUGGUUGACUUCGUACGGAACUUUCUCUUCCAAAAGGGGAUGACAGAAACUCUCAACUGUUUUCAAACCGAGAUGCUACAGAAUGGGCUGGUGGACGCGGAGCGGGUGGAGCUGGUGCCGGACGUCUACACCGAAAACCGGCGUCUGGAGGCCGAGUUGAAACACGCACGGAGGGAGAAUGAGGAGUUCAGGCUCGGAGCCUCCGCGGCGGCAGAGACACUGGUGAGGCUCCAGAAAGCCAGAGACCUCUACCGGCUGCAGCAUAAGCGAAUAGCUCAGGAGAAAAACAGGCUCAUCGAGGAGAUGAGGAAGCUCAAAGUGCAGUGCGACAGCUACGAGCCGGCAGUAAAGCGGAUGAAUGAGAAACACCAGGCCGUUUUAAAGCAACUCAUGCUGGUGGCCCUGGAGAGGGACAAAGCUUUGAGACAGCUGAACUUUCUGUCCGAUCAGCGGGACAGUCCCCUCUGUCGGGGGGAGGAGGGACUUGUGAACGGGACAAGUGUCAAAAAGACAUCCCGGCCAAGGCCUCCAGCAGCAGGUCAGAGGAGGACGAGGAUGCAGCCAGUGAAACCAAAUGCUCCCUGACAUAAAUAUCAUAGCAAUAAAUGAAUAUAUGUAUGUCUCUUCCAUUUACUGUCCUCUUGUAUGUCUUGAUUGUGCAACACAGUUUAUAGGAAAACAUAAAAGAAAUGUAAUUCUUGGCCGAGGCCCUUUGUGAUCUAAGUUAUAGAUUGACUAUGAACAUCUGUCUGUAGGAUUUUGCACAACCCAGUAGCUACAUAACAAUAAUAAUAUGAAAUAUGAUGCAGAUUGUCACAAUAGCACAAGAAUCAAGUCCACUGUAUUCAUUUAAUAUGAUUCCCACAUUGAAAUUAAGGCAAUUAGUGUAACUACAAUAAUGAAAGUAAAU